UUUUUGAAAUAUAACUACAUCUUCAAAUAAAAUGCCAAAGGUUAAGAAGAAGGGAAAGAAGGGAACCAAGAAGGGUACCAAGAAGUCUAAGAAGAAAGUCAUAAAGAAGAAGGAGGUUGGUGAGAAGAAGUCUAUCUAUAACAUCCCAGAGUUUUUCGAUCCUAAGAUUUAUACCCCUAUGGUUGAACUGAACAUUAGGCUAGCCACACCUAUGUCAGACCUUUUUAAUUUCACGCUCGAGGUUCCGACGACUACUAGACUUGAAGAGAUUAAGAGAAAGAUUGUCCAGAAGCAUCAUGGAGCUAUAGAUAAUGUGAUCAUCUGACUCAAUAGAUUCGAAGCUGGAGAGGCAGUUGAUUUGAAUAAGAGACUCUGUGAUGUUGGAAUCACGACUGCAGGAGAAUGCAAGCUUUUCUAUGAAUACAAACCAAUCUCUCAUCCUCUUCUUGGAAUAUAAAAGUAAUUUUUAUCCAUAAUAUUAUUUUAUG